CGGUUUAGCUGUUAUUUCUGCAGCUCCGGAAGUCACCUGAACCAGAAAAAAAAAUGCUCUGAGGUGUUUCUCCAAGGCGAAGUUGCUCGCCAUUGCCAAGCUCGAUGCUGUCAGAGCUCUUGGGUCAAGCUGCAGAAGUUUUGCCGUGCCCCGUCGUGCUGAUGGAUCAACCAUUAAUUUUGCUGCCACGAUGACCUGAAAGUCAAUUUCUGAAGAUGGAGACGGUGAUUUGAGGGGAGCGACUGAGUGCAGCUGUGUCUGCUGAAAAGAGAAGGGGAGGGCCGAAGCAAUGGAGUGGAAAGAAUUGAAAAGGCUCGGCGGGGAGACGGUACAUACCUUUGACCCCUCCCACUCCCCCCCGCUCCCUCCAACCUGGUGUGAUUCACUCACCCCUCUUUCUGCGUCGGUGACCGCUCGGAGGCGUCAACAGCGGCAAGACAAAGUGUCGGCGUGCUUGGGGUAAACGCACGGAUCCCGCGUGGCUCCCGAAGACCAGCGCGAUGGCGCGCCGCCCGAGCCGUCUGCCGGCGACGGAGUGGAAACUACCCGACGGGUGCGGCUCGCACGGCCAGAUACGAUUACAGAUAUUCCAGGCUGGAAGUUUUAAAAGCCUGCACAUUCCACGUGUCAACCAUCGCGAAUCAACGAUGACAUCAUCUCUGUUUAAUGACAGUUGUAUAUGCAGCGCGCCCCGCACGCGCACGCGCACACUGAUGUGCGGGGCGCGCGCACUGCCGUCAGCUCCCUUUGGCUCUAGCCUGACAUCUAGCGACACCGGCCGGAACGUGAUCCUCCACGACGCGAACACGUGAACAUCGUGGAGCUGGGAGGGUUGAGCAGUCAGCGCCUUGCUUCUUGUUUUUUUUUUUUUUAGCACGUCCACGGACUGUUUAGACUUCCCAUCGGUAUUUUUAAUUACUGAUUAAAACCUAAAAGUUUGAAAUUCUUGCUGUGAUGUAAUCCCAUGUUUAGGGCAGUGGCGAGUAAUAACAGGCUGGUUUACAUUUUGUUGGGGGGGGGGUUGUUUAUUUACCCCCUCAUCCCAUACACAUUUCAUUUCCUCGCUGUUGCACUUAAUUUUAGUUGAGCAGCAGCAACAACAAAAAAAGGCCAAUAAAUACCCUAAGUUUGUCUCCCUUCAAGAGUCUGACAGGAAUGAGGUCAGACACACCGCUCCUCAUCGCACAUUAUUAUUAUUAUUAUUAUUAUUAUUAUCAUUGCCCGUAUUCCGCUCCCAGCCAAUGAGCGGGCGAGGGGCGUGGCCCGAGAGAAUAAGCGGGGAUGGAGACAGACGGCGAUUGGCUGGCGCGCCUGGCCGAGAAGCCAUAAAAGCGCGCGGCCGCCGUUGUUGUGUUUACAGUAAGGUUGACAGAACGCCCGGGGAGACUAUGAGAAAGCGCAGCUGCUCCAUUCAGCCACAUGGUUCCUCAACCGCACACACGAGCCACUCGAGGGACUUGCGCUGGUGCCGUCCACAGCGACGCCUUCUGAGUCCAGCGGGCCGAGUUUUCAGCCGCACGGGCAGUUGAAAAGUUGACUCCUGGAUCCUUCUAUUUAUUCAGCUUAUUUGUGUUUUUGUCUUGUUUAAGUGAGUUGAGCCCAAACGGGUACGAGCCGAGAGAGAACAGAGACUUGGGAACUUUUUUUUUUUUUUUGUUACUGUUGUGAGGCACAAGUUUGUGUGCGAUAAGAACAAGUGAGGAAUAUUGUUGAUUAUUGAUAUUUGACGCACUUUUUACGCGCAUUUGAGCUGAAGGAUGGUGCAACAGCAGCAGCAGCAGCAGCAACAGCACAUGAGCGCGAACGCUUCCUCCCCAGCCGGGGACUCCACAGACACCGGAGAGAUGGAUUUGGAGAUGGAUGCGUCUCCCACCCCGGCGGAGCGGAGCGACCUGGCCUGGUGCAAAACCCCCACGGGCCACAUCAAGAGACCCAUGAACGCCUUCAUGGUGUGGUCGCAAAUCGAGAGGAGAAAGAUCAUGGAGCAGUCCCCGGACAUGCACAACGCGGAAAUCUCCAAGCGGCUGGGCAAGCGGUGGAAGCUGCUCAAAGACGCCGACAAGAUCCCCUUCAUCCGGGAGGCGGAGCGGCUCCGGCUCAAGCACAUGGCCGACUACCCAGACUACAAGUACCGGCCCAGAAAGAAGGUCAAGUCCGGCAGCGGGGCGAGUAAGCAGCCGGCGGAUCGCGCCGAGAAGAGCUCGGAGCGCAGCGGCAAAGCUAAAAGAAGCCCCGCGGCCAAAGCGGCCGGCCGGACGCACAAGCAGGCCGGCAAAUGCGCCAGCCCCGCGGGUGCGGACGGCGCGCCCCCCGGCGGCGACCACCAGAGCGUUUUCAAAGCCAGGUCGGUGUCUGGGGCCAGGCACAUCCCCGACAAGCGCACCGGAGAGGCCAAGCGCAGCUUCCCCUUCGCGGGGGCGUGGAGCUCAGAGAGCGGGCCCCCCUCCGUGGGGGUCCCGGCCAGCCCCACUCUGAGCAGCUCGGCCGAGUCGAGCGACCCGCUGAGCCUGUACGAGGAGCACAGCCCCGGGGGCGGCGGCGAGUCGUCCCCCACCGCGCGCCUCAGGUACUCCCGCGCCUCCUCCCCCACGCCGUCAGCGUCGCACUCCUCGUCGGUGUCCUCCUCGGACGAGGAGUUCGAGGACGAGCGCCUCGACUUGAACCCGAGCUCCGGCUACGAGAGCAUGUCCCUGGGCGGGAUGGGCUUCUCUGACGCCGAGCUGGACCGGGACUUGGACUGGAGCUUCGGGGAGUGCGGCGCCGGCUCCCACUUCGAUUUCCCAGACUACUGCACGCGGGAGGUGAGCGAGAUGAUCUCAGGAGACUGGCUGGAAUCCACCAUCUCCAACCUGGUGUUCACCUACUAAAACUACAGGCUGAAGAACCCAGACGAAGCCCCCUGAGAUUUUCAACUGUUCAAACCCCCCCCCCCACCACCGCCGCCUCCUCUCUCCUCCCGGAGCCGUUUUUUCACGGAAUAGAGUGGAAAGAAAAAACAGUGCGUGUGCGCUGCUCGCACACUUGGUGCGUCUGACGGGAGCGCGCAAGCGUGGGGUGGGGGUGGUGUCGGAGGGGGCGGGGGGGGGGGUGCUGAAAAAAUGCUUAGUUUGCAUUUGGACACGAACGAGGAGUGAAUGUAAGCAGAGAGAAGUGAAAAGUGACUUCUGAACUACUCCUCAAGAGGACAAGUGACAAUAAAGUGAACAUUUGUGUUAUCUUUGGAUGGGGGGGGAGACACUUCACGUGUUUGUUCAUUUUUUUUCCUCCCCCCACCCCAAAAAAAAAAAGUAGUUCCAGUUCCAACACGCAUGCUCUCCCGAAUGAGGGGGAUUUAGCUGUUGUUAUAUGUUCACUGCUGCGCGAUGCCGCAACGCGUGAGACCUUUCGAUUGGACACAAUUCACGAUCACCAGCUUCUCUUUCAACGGCAGGACUUACUUAAAAAAAAAAAAAAGAAAAGAAAAAGAAACUGACUCCAGACUUCAGCAAACCUUUCUCAGCUUUCUUAAAACACUCAGUGCACAAUUCAGGACCAACGCCCCCCUCCCUUCCCCAUCCCGGUCUGCAUCCUUUCUGCCUAGUGCUUCAACUUUCUAGUUCCUCUGUGUCAAGAAUGACUUUUUUUAUAUAUAUAUUGAUGUAUUUAUACCGGCCAAUUUUUUUUUUUUUUUUUUUUACACAUAGAAGUAUUGUUCUCGUACAGGUCUUGUCUUGCGUGCGUGGGCGCGUGCGUGUGUGCGUGUACAUACACUUGUCUGUAUCCAGCGAGGAAGGGCUAGAAGUGUCUCUUAUUUAAAGCGUCUGACCUCUCUCACUUUUCGAGUGCGUCAUGAUUUUUUUACUUGUAUUUUUGUACAAAAUCUAUAGAAAGUCAAUGAGGGGAGGGCUGGCGAGCGGGUAGUCCCCCCCCCCUCUCCAACCUUGUCGUUUGGAUCUUGAUUUAUUGUUCAGACGUGCAGAGAAAAUGUGUGUUGGGCUGGCUCGGUUGGCACAAUCUGACCUCACACCGUGUUUACAGUAUUUACCCACAUGCUUCUUAAUGGCACAGUGACUCCGGUUUCACCAGCCAAGUAAACAAAGCACCCCCGGACCGGCUCCCGAGCAGUUCGGGGUGGGCGACUCGUCUUACUCCAGUACACAUCACAGACUUCUACGGACUGAAAGAUCCCAGAGUGUCACUGUUUUAGAUAGAGCUAAUACCUCUGUGUGCUUUUCUUCUCGUUCUUCUUCUUCUUGUUCUUCUGCUCUUACUUUUGAAGAUAAGUUUUAUUUGAACCACUGGAUGGACUUUUCACGCUCAUUCCACUUUUGCCUAGACUUUGGAGGGAAAGAAGGCGUACGAAGUGCUUCAUCUGUUCUCGCGCGACGAACCGCAUCCAAAAUAGUAUUUAUCCUUUCUGUACCUGUUGGCUAAGUAUAGCAAAAGGCUAAUUGUUUUUCCUAUAUUAUGGCAUGGCAAAUAGCAUUUGUAUUUCAGAUUCAGGUAUAUGUAGCUAUAGCUGUUGUGUUUAAGAUUUUUAAAAGAAUAAUAACGAAGAUAUUUAUGUAAACUGACUGUACUAUAAGCAAAGAUUGUGUGUUUUAUGUAUGAUGAUCAACGACAGGCACUAGGACGGCCAUCUUUGGACACGUUGAAGAUGAUUGUGGUCCGGGAGUUUCUCUCUUUUCAAGACAUUUUUUUUUUUUAAAUUUUUUGUUUUUUCUUUUUAUUUCAUUUGUGCAAUAUGCUGUGUAUGACCAUGUUUUGUCCAAUCAUGCCAAUAUUGUUUUGUUGUUUAUGAUAAGAAAGAGAAAAGAAAAAAAAAAAACAGCCAAUGUUUUUGGGUCAAUCACUGCCUCUCAGACCUCUGUACAGAUUGUUGUUUUUAAUUUGUAUUUCGUUUCCUCUGAGAAGGAAAUAAAAUCAGC